CACCAUAACCAUAACUCUUCGGAGCACGACGCGGCGGCUGCCAUGGAGAUGGAGCUUCAGCAGCAGCUGAAUCUUGAGAUGGAUCAGUGUUACGAUAAUGGUCAUCACCAGGGUGAUCCUCAUUUCAUGCAGAAAUUGGGGCAUGAGGGGGGGAGUGUUGUGGUGAAUAAUCAAGGGCUUUCAAAUUGGGAAGAAUUAGGGUUUUCUCAUCAGUUCCACCAAGGCUCAACUGAGCUGCAGAAUAAUAAUGGUCAUCAUCAUCAUCAUCAGCCACAGAGCUUUCAAACUCAUCCCAUGCCUGAAACCCCAGCAGCACCAGACCUGCUUAACAUGUUCCCUUUGCCAAGAUGCUCUCCAUCUUCUCUGCUCCCAAACCCAUCCUUUUCCUCAACCUUCUUGACCUCAUUAGGCCUGUUUGGGGACCUCCCAGCACCAGAUAAUGGUGCAUCACCUUCAACUGUGGUGUGUGACCCUUCUUUGCUGCCUUUAAACCUCCCCCCACAGCCCCCUCUUCUGAGAGAGCUCUUCCACUCCUUGCCACAGGGUGGCUAUGGUGGCUUUGGGGCCUCAAGGAGUGGCUCCUUGUUUGGUGAGGUGGAUGAGAGAGAGGUGAAUGGUGCUUUCUACCAAACUGUGGAUGGCAGGGAUUUUGAAAAUGGGGUUUUUGAGUUGACUGGGGAUAUGAAUGUCUUGGCUAAGAAUAGGGAUGGGAAAGGCACCAAACACUUUGCCACUGAGAGACAAAGGAGAGUCCAUUUGAAUGACAAGUAUGAAGCUCUAAAGAAAUUGGUCCCCAACCCAUCAAAGAAUGAUAGGGCCUCAGUUGUGCAUGAUGCCAUUGGCUACAUAAAUGAGCUGAAGAGGACAGUGGCUGAGCUCAAGAUUCUGGUGGAGAAGAAGAGGUGCAGCAGGGAGAGAAUGAAGAGACACAAAACAGAAGGCUGCAGCUCCAUGGAGGGUGGAGAUCUGAAAUCUGUGGAGGAUGUGGACCAAUCCUACAGUGGAACCACACUCAGAAGCUCUUGGCUUCAGAGGAAAUCCAAGAACACUGAGGUCGAUGUUCGCAUAAUCGACGAUGAAGUCACUGUCAAACUUGUCCAGCAGAAGAGGAUCAACUGCCUCCUCUUUGUCUCCAAGGCUCUUGAUGAACUCCAGCUUGAUCUCCACCAUGUUGCUGGAGGCCUCAUUGGUGAUUACUAUAGCUUCCUCUUCAACUCCAAGAUUUGUGAAGGCUCUACAGUGUAUGCCAGUGCUAUUGCCAAUAAGCUGAUUGAGGUUGUGGACAAGCAUUAUACAGCCAUUGCACCAACCAGUAGCUACUGA